AUGUUGUCAAAGCUAGUUACAAGUAUUCUCUGCGUCGCAGUUGGCAUUCUCGUCAUUGAUUUAAAUGAUGCCGUCGUCUUCAAGUUUACGAACUUCGCCUGUCUAAGUCGCAAUCAAUCCUGGUUUGUGUUCCACAAUUGUCGUCUGAAGGCGGUCAGUCGUGAGAAGGUCUUACUCAACUUUAAUGGAACGGUUCUACAUCCGGCCAAUAACAUAAUAGUUCACGUCAAGCUGUUUAAAAAGGCCAACGGUUUUAAGCCUUGGUUAUUAGACGUAAAACUCGAUGCUUGUCGCUUUGUGCGGACCAACUUCCAUCCGUUUGUACGCAUUAUAUUCGAUCUCUUCAAAGAUUUCUCCACCAUAAACCACACGUGCCCAUAUGUGGGCCUGCAAGUCGUAAAGGAUUUCUAUCUCAGGCCCGAGAAAUUGAAGCUGCCAUUUCCAUCUGGAGACUAUUUGCUAUCUUUAAUAUGGAUAUUCGACAAAAGGCCACAGUUCGAUACGAAUGUUUCUUUUGUUUAUGCAGAGGAUCUCAUAAACGCAUAAUCAUCGAAACUAGAGAUCGACUAACAGAUACCCAUUACUGAGCUUGUGAAAUUUGAAAUGAAUAAAAUCAAAAUAUUUGCGGGCCCGGUU